AAUCAAGCACAAGGGGAAAGUGUGCAGAUGUUCUGGAAUACUGUCGAAUUGGAGAUAGCUACAAUGAAGGAGGCUGAGUUUGCUGUCAACCAAUCUUUAACGGGAAAUGAGGCCAAUGCCAUCUUGAACGAGACGAAGUUAGGUUUUACUUUGAAUCAGAAGAAUGAACUGGUAAUUGGGAGCAAGCGAACUUAUCCAAAUGAGAAGUCAACUCCCCCAAAUAAGGAAAAGAAUCAUUCUGGAAACAUCCUUCCCGAUGGCACAAAACUAACAAGACUACCACCACCACCAGAUUUCACUUCGCUGAGUGACGGAGAGAAUGAUAAUCCAUUGAUGGUAGAUAAUGAUGAAGAAAUUCCUACCUUGGACAGUAUUCUCAGUUCUCCACUGCCAACUAACAUACAGAAUUGGAGUUUGUCUUCAAGAAAAUUCGUUAAUGAAAUUUUUGUUAAAAAUAUAUCUCAACAUGCCAUAAUGUUAAAAAAUAAUUGCAGAAGAGAAGGCAACCUUGAGAUAUGGGAUGUCAAGAGUUAUCGAUCUCUCAGCUCAUAUGCGAUUAUGGUUUCUGACAUUGAAUGUCAGGAUAUGAUGAAGGAUUAUGAAGAAAUUCUCAAAGUUCCCGAGUUGAUAGAAGUUCAUUGCAAAGCUGGAAAAAGUAGCCUUUACAAUGUCAAAGACGGAAAUGAUCUGUUAGAUUGUGGUGGUGAACAUCACACUGAAAUCGAUGUUAUUAUAAAAGCAUGUGCUUACAUUGUCAAUGGACUGCAAAAUGGAGCUGGAAUACAUUGUAAAUGGGGAGAGUCAUUCUGUCCUUUGAGCCAAUCCGCAAGUCAUGAAAAAGGACGGAAAUGUGACGUCCGAUUUUUAAGUCCUACAAGAGUUUUCCGCUCAAGCAACUCCAAAGAUUUAACUGAUGAACAAGCGGGUACGAUCAAGGUUCCAUUUUUACAGGUUGCUGGUAUUUUUGGACAGCUGUUAGUAGAAGACUUG